AUGUAUUGCAUGAAGGAGUUUUUCUACACUGAAGAAGAGGGAUUGAGUCAUGUGCGCUCUCAGCAUCACGGCAAGACCGUUACACUGUUGCGGGAGUACCAUGACGAUAAGGAAAAACAACUGGAAGAUGCGUUUUGCGCUCUUUUCCUCGCCGUUCGAGAAGGACCGAAUUUCACCAGUGAACGUGCUGCUGCAAUCGAGAGAGCUGCAUUUAUGCACCUUCAAAAAUUCAAGCGUAUGCGAAUGAAAGUGCCUGAGUUCGCAACGAGAGCGAAGUAG